AUGGCUCUCCUUAACCCGACCUUCUUCUUUGGCUGUCUAGUCCUUAUAUAUCUGUCGUCCUUCGUUCUCCUCGCCGUUUUUCGAAUCGUCACCGGUGUAUCGAUCCAACGAAUUGGCUACCUGUCCUUGCGCCGAAUAGCCUGGACGCCCCGAGAUGGAUGCAGGAUAGAAAUUAGGGGCCUUGGAAUAAAUGUCCACCGACCAACAUUUGCCCAGCCGACAUGGCUCAGCGUUGUCGUCAGCGAACUUGUCACAACGAUAGACGUCAAUGAGCUGGAAGGAAAUAAACAGGUUGAGCCGGAUGCCGAGGAUAGUGACUCCGAAGUCGCGAAAGAUGCCAAACAAGACGCCAAACCCGCUGCCCGAAAACCACCGCUGGCUCGACGAGCAACCACCACAGUGGUUCGAAGCGAGACAUGGAAGAAGCUUACACGCAUAAAAGACAAGAUCAAGCGGCUGCAUAGGAAUAUCAACUGGCUCAAGCUCGUCGACGUGGUCGCGACAAACUCGACUGUGAACAUUGUGGAUGCCGGUAGUAUCCAAAUUGGAAGCUUCACCCUCGCGGUCGAUACGCGCACAAAGAUGGUCGAUCGCGUACGCUUCUUUGCUCGUUUGGCUGAUCGCCACGGUAGGGACCAACAAGCAGAAUGGACUGCAUCGCUACGCAGCGUGCUUUUCACAGCUGAGGGCAAUGAAUCCAUGGAAAUUCUCGACCAGCUAUUCAUUAAUGUACACGGCCAUUUGUACAAGUCUAUGGAAGGUCUGCGUGAAGCUGCCGUGGCUAUCAAGAUGGGACGAUUGCACAUCCCAUUCGACGACCUACAAACAUGUUUGAGCAGGCUAAAGCAGCGACGGGCUGAAGUCAAGACACCUGGCGUCGAGGAGCCCGUGGACAUCUUUUUGGGCAAGGUUGCUCAGGAACUCGACGACCCUGGAACAACAAAUGAGGACUUAAUGAGGACAGUUUCCGACUCCAAAGAGUUUUUCAGCUCUAUUUUAAGAGGCAUUAAGGAGAUUCAGUUCGCCGUCAGUUUCUUGGGUAUGAGCAAGAAGGUUCAAUCUAUCAAGCCUGGAUCUACACCUAUCCAAUUGAACGCUGCGAUGAAAGAAGUUGGCAUAGAUCUGCAUAGACUGGAUUCCAAGUCACCGGCGCACAGGAUGUAUUUUCCAGCCGAAGCUAUUGCACACGAGGCCCUGGCUGCUGCUCUGUCCAUCUCUGUUGGUCUGGACGACGGCCAUGGCCAACCUGAACGCCUUCUCUAUAUCCCGAUGGCUACAACAACGAUCAAGACGACACUACUUUCAAAAACCGUCGAAGUUUUGCGAGCCAGCACCGUGGAUGAAAGAAACGCCAACAUUAUGUUUGCUAACUCGGUAGUAACCUCUCCUUCAGUGGACUUAGAUCCUCAUCACUUGCCGCUCCUCAUCGCCCUUUUUAAGUCGAAGCCGAAGGCACCGAAAGCACAGGGCGAUAACCACCACCUUAUUUCUCGCCUUCUACCGAAAGCCAAUUACAAGUUCUCCAUGCACGAGCCUGUGGUUCGUAUAAAACUCCAACCUCUACAAAAGGCAGAAGACCCGGACGAUUUCGAUCUUAUCAUCUCAUCAAUCUCCUCGAUCUCGCUCGACAUGGAAUCCUCGCACAGCCUCAUGGCCGAUAUGCACUAUUCCCUGGAUGGUUCACUCCGAUUGCAGUCCCACGAUCUUUACUAUCAAACCAACAAUGGAGAACGUUUUAAUCUCAUUACUACAGAAUCUCUUGACAUGAGACUUAACCUCGGUGCUCGACCGGAUGUCUAUGUCGAUGUUUCAGGCAAUCUCCAGUCCUGCUCAAUCAGUAUGAUACGACCCGAAAUCAUUGAUGGUCUUCGUCAAAUCGUUCAGGAGUUGCGAAUCGACGUGGAACCAGAGAAGGGUCCUGUGUCACGAUCCAAGGGAGGUCAAAACUUCUUGCGAUCUAUGCCCAACUGGCUACUCAGAGCCCAGUUUGAUGCAUCCGAUUUCAAUGUGGAGAUUGCAGGGAUUGAUGAGGAGAUAUCGGACGAUACUCGCGGAGUAUUCUUGCAUUGGGAUACCGUUUCAACCGAAUACCGGGCUCAACGGCUCGAUGGCCUUCAACGGCGGGCUUAUAGAAGACGCUCCAACAGUCGAUCCAUCAACCAAUCGGAUUCAGAAUGGACUCCUCCCUCAAGCUCUCCUAGGAACAAGAAGAAGCCACAGAACAUUGGUGAUGGAAGAAAGCUCACUCUCUUUGCCAGUGGCAUCGAAGCGCAGAUCAUGGACGCUGUUGAUACACUCGAACCAGAGCCAUUCCUUAGUAUACCUAGACUUGAGUUAUCACUCGGUGCGUCUAGUGAUGCUAACGGCCCAACGUUUAACAUACAAGUGGGCGUUCGCACCAUUCGCGCCAAGUACUCGCUCUACCGACAUUAUGCUGUGGGUGUUGUUGUCAUGACAUUGCGAAAAGCUUUCAUGCGAACUGGCCAUGAUGCUCCACGACCAAAGCAACAAGGAAGCUAUGUCGAUGUUAUCCCUGGUGCUAACCGGUUAGCUCCUCCUGGAACACCGGACCUCGACCCUGGAAUGACCACAAUUACUCCCGAAUUGGUCACUCUCGACUUUAAAGCAGCGCUUGUUCAACUCAAAGCAGAUAUGCCUCAUGAUCCAGCCAUGAUGCUGCAUAUGUAUGGCCUGGAGGUUGGUCGGCAGCGAUGGUCUACUCCGUAUGUCGCAGCCAAGCUUGUACGACUUUACACAGAGCCACCACGUAUGCGCAAUGUGUGGGCACGACUAUUGAGUAUCAAAGCAGGACGUCUUGACUUCAGAGAAUCUCGCCGUAAGACAUCCCAAGGGAAAAUCAUCGACGAGAAGAUGAUUGAUAUAGCGACCGAGGCUGUGCGUAUUGCUGUGCCACACGAGGUUAUCUUCAGUCAAGUAACCGACAACUUCACCAAUGUCAUCAAGGCAGUGCAGCAACUGCACCAUCGCUUCCGAACAGGGACUAACGAGUACAUCCUUGAGAAAAAGCCGGAAGGACCCAAGUCGGUCCCCAAGGUAUCUAUUCGUACUCGCAACUUCUUAUUCGAGCUUGAGGACGGUGGCUUUGAGUGGAAGUUGGGUAUGAUCUACCGCACUGGUCUUAUCGAACAAACCCAGCGAAUCGCUCGAGAAAACGCCUUCAAGGUCAAACUUAAGAAAGUUCGUGAAGACGAGAUUCGUAGGGGAACGAGCAAGCUCCGCUCCCGAUCGACCUUUGCACGAGGUCGGCCCGAGAUGGCUGGUUCACCAGGCAGCAGAAGCCGAAGCGUAGACGAUCUCGAGGCAAGAGACGUGCGGCCGAACUCACAGCAGGGAAGAAUUCCCAGAUACAACCCCAAUACCGACUCACUUCGUCUUAAUGGCGUUUCUAAAGUCACCGAACACUAUGCCCGGAGCCACCUUGAUAUGUUCAAUGCUCAAAGCUGGAAGAAGCGGAUUGACCGUGCUUAUCAACUUUCUCAAGACAGCAUGAAGGAGUCUCGCGGCCAGUUCUGGGGUCCUAAUCAAGUGCCGGAAGAUGUUGAAGAGUCUGAAAAUCUACUGGAGGUACCACCCAGACCAGCUCUCAUGGCUGCUGUUAUUAGCGACUUGCACUUCAUGAUCGACAAACCGACUUUCCCAAUGAAAGACUUGCCGGACUUCCUCCACAAGAUUGGUAAAGGCAUGCCGAAGGACAUGCAGUAUAGUUUACUGGUGCCGAUGCACGUCAGUAUUACCAUGGGCGAGGCUAAGGUAACACUGCGAGAUUACCCGCUCCCACUUGUGCAUCUUCCUCCUAUGAAAUACGGACAGUCAGCAAAGAUCCAGGCUGUAUCCUUGAAAGCAAACUUUGUUGUGGCCGAAGAGUUCCGAGGCGUUGAGUCAACUCGACGUGUUAGAGUCAACGUUGUGCCACCAAAGAGUUCUUUGCCAGGUUCUUCUAAUGAAGGCAGUUUUGCGAUCGAAGUUAGGCGGACCGUUGGACCUGUCAAGUCGUACUCUGAUGUGUAUAUGGAUGUCAACAGUGCUUUACCCACACGGAUCACAUGGGGCCCUUGUUAUCAACCCGCCAUCCAAGACAUGAUGAUGGUCAUUGAAUCGUUUACCAAACCUCAAUUCGAUCCAUCUGAACGUGUUGGCUUCUGGGACAAACUUCGCCUCAACUUUCACUCCAGGAUACACGCAUCCUGGAAAGGCGAUGGAGAUGUUCACCUGGCCCUCAAGGGUACGCGGAACCCAUAUGCUAUGACUGGUAAUGGCGCUGGUUUUCUCAUGUGCUGGCGAAACGAUAUCCGGUGGAACAUCAACGCAGACGAUGACCCGAAGCGCUUUAUCUCUGUCGAAAGUGGUGAAUACAUUCUCGCAGUACCCGACUACAGUCACGAGGUUCGGGAGCAGGCUCGGCGACAAUACGAUGUCGAAGGCUACCUACCUGAGGACAACUAUAAGUCUGAGGCCAGUUUCAAGAAGGUUGUUAUGAAGCUGUCUGGUAAAGUUAAAGUCAUGGCUGGUCUCACCUUCGAGCGUGCUAUUGAAGAUGGCGUGCGGAGCUUUGAGUUCCGACCUCAUUACGACAUCGUUCUCAAGAAUCCACACUUCGCCAAACCUGAUGCGAAUGGUCUUCCUUAUGAUGCAUUGCGUGGUUUCAGAAGUCGACACAUCCAUCUCUCUAUCGCCAUCCACGCCCCAGCCGAUCGCGAUUGGUUAUCCGACAGUCCGGAGCCCUCGCGAAGCUACAAUACAAUCCAUCUCACUCCAAGGUUCUUCACACAUUUCUUCAACUGGUGGGGCUUGUUUGGACAGCCACUGUCGUUGCCCAUUCGCCAAGGUAGCCUUUUCCCAGGUCGCGAGAAGAACAGCAAGAAGUUUGGUCGACAUUUGGCCACUGUUAAGUACAAUAUUUUGCUCGCGCCGUUAUUUCUUAGCCACAUCUACAAGCACAAGGAUGUUGAAGAUCAUUCGGAGAAUGCGGUCUCUGCGACUGGUCUGAAGGUUCGAUUCGACAGCUUUUCGCUUGAUCUCCAUCAACGUCGGGAAGAGUUCAAUACUCUCGGUAAAGGCAAACAUGGUGACAACACCAGCAAAACAUCAGGCAUUAAAAUCCAUGCUGCUCAGCUUGACCUCGUUAGUGCCGACGUCCGAGCAGUUUCAGCAAGCCUCAAGGGCACAACCACUGAGGCUAUCAAGAAGGGUUCUAUGGCCACAAUGAUCCACGAAACUGAUGACAAGCCUGAUUUAUCCCGCUUUACCAUCCCCGACAAUGAUUUCAGUUGGAUUGAUAUGGACGACUUUGUCGAGAUCGAUUGGAUAACACCGACUGAACCUCACCCCGAUACCAAGAUCCUGCCACUUGCUUACGCUCCUCGUCUGACAUACUUCCGACAAACAGAUAUUGGCGGUGUUAUUGCUGGUGACCCAACGCGAACCAGUCCCUUCGGAAACGAACCCACGCACUUUUGUGUCAUGAGGCAUGACGAUGAUCCACGCCGAAUCCAAGGUUCGCUCAUCCAAGAUCGUCUUGACCAGCUAGCCAUGCAGAUGGAAAAUCAUGAUCGAGAUAUGGGCGAAGCAGAGUUGAGAGUCAUCAAAUGUGAUGCAAAAGACCGCGUUCUGGUGGAAGAAUUCAGGGCUUUCCAGCGACACACAGUAGUACUGCAAGAGAAGAAAGAAUUCCUGGAACAAAUGCUUAACCAAGCCAGAAUUCGAGCUCCUUCUAGCACGCAUAGAACCAGCGGCGAUGGACGAAGGCAAUCAGUCGAUUCGACAAUCCCUUUCCAGGAUGAGACCAUGGAGAUUCCAGCAACGAGUGAGUUCGAGAGCGAAUUCAGCAACAGAUUCGUCAUCCACAACAUGCAACUAAAGUGGAACAAUACUUUACGAAAUAUUGUGCUUCGCUAUCUUCACCAAAACAGCCAAAGACGUGGUUUUACGUACUACCUUUCUCGGCCAGCUAUCAAGUUCAUCUUAGACAUUGUUGAGGAGCAGAACAAAGCCAAGGCACAAAGCAAGCCAGGCAAGGCCAAAUCGACGCACAGCCGCCAAGAUGGCAGAAGAGGUUCCCGUGCAUCAAGUAUGAAGGGCGAUGAGGAUCCUGUCGAUAUGGAGGAGCGCAUUAAGCGCAUUCUCAACGAGGGACGAAAAUUCACAUCAGCGACAUGGAGUACCAACGCAGACGGUGUCGUGGAGGGAUCUAUCGAAGAUUUGGUGGGUGGUAUCGCCGAAGAGUUCACUCCCCAGAGCAGCUACCAUAUUCGCAUCAUCGCCCCACAGAUUCAACUCCAGAGCGACAAGAACAAGAAGAAUGUGGUGCUGGCGACUGCCAAGGGAAUGGAACUGAAGGUGAUGGAAGUCAUGGAGAAGGAGAGAAUAUCGGAUAAUGUCAGUGGUCUCGUCCAGCGCCGAUUCUUGGUCAACAUGGACAGCGUCCAAUUCUUUGUCACGCACCGCAAGUGGUUCCAGACCAGCCCUGUAUCGAUGUAUGUGGGAAGCAAAUAUGGUGCACCAAGCGGUUCCUCUUUCCCGCCAUGGGUUCCUAUUGAGGUUGUGUUCGACUUCCAGGCGGAUCCCUUCGGUUUCAAACGUGUUGUACAAAAGACUUCAGCCAUGGUUCGAUACGACAAGUACAACACUCUACGAUUGAAGUACAAUGAUGAGGUCAACACCGAUGGCAACGAGGGCUCGUCCCAGGAGAACACGGAGACCCGCAUGGACAAUCUCUGGGUCGAGUUCCCGACUGCCAGAGCUCUUUGCAACUCGUCACAGUACUAUGCAUUGUACGUUAUUGUGCUGGAUCUUCUCAUGUACAACGAGCCUAUGGAGAAAACACGGAAUGAGCGCCUCGAAAAGAUCAUUCUCGCUUCCGAUUUCAGCGACUUGAGUGGUGCCCCUGCGAUGGUUCAGAAGCUACAACAACGCAUCCGGCAGAUGGAAGAGAUCAAGGAUCAUUUCCAGACUUAUGCCAAGUCCCUGGACAAGAAGGGCUGGGAAGACCGUUUGCGCCUUGAAAAUGAUCUAGCAGCUUGCGAGGAUGAGUUGUUCUUUAUGAUGAAAGCCAUCACCUCUUCCCAGAGGAAGUUUGACGUCAACUCGGAUGAUAGCACCGGUUUACUUAAGUGGAACAUCACUAUUCGAGAUAUUGUUUGGCAUCUCAUGCAAGAUUCAAACGAACCUCUGGUAGAGUUACAGCUCAAAGACCUUGAGUAUGAUCGAACAGACAACUCUGAUGGCUCUCAUGUCAACCUUAUUCGAGUCGGAAAGGUUCUCGGUCUGAACUUGUUGCCCGAUGCCACAUAUCCCGAGAUGAUAGCGCCCUACGUUGACCCAGAAAGACCACAGCCCAAGGAGAGCGAGAACAAGGAGAUGAUCAGAGUCUAUUGGUAUAUGUUAGAGGCAAUUGCAGGCAUUCCUGUCAUGGAUCGCUUCGAAGUCAACCUGUUCCCCAUCAAGGUGCAACUGGAACACGAAGUUGGCAAGCGACUCUUCGAGUACAUCUUCCCUGGUAUCAAUGGAGAAAAGUCGGCCGGUACCAAGAAUGACUCACCAUUCAUGUUGAAGCAGGUCGAUGGGGAGGAGGAUGACGACGAUGAUGAUGACGGUGGUCCAGCGCCUUCUUACACUGGCAGACAUUCGUCUUCAUCAUCCUUUUCAACUGGCUCAGGUUCUCUCGAACUCCGUCUACGACCUACCUUAACUUCAAAUACCAAAGCCGAAGCACCCCCAGGAAAGGGUCUGCGUGUGAACACAGGCAACGAAGGCCAUUCCUUCCGUCUGUUCCGUGCCCCUGGAACCUCCAAGACUAUGCUUAAGAAGGCAUCUCAUGAGUCGCUUCGAUCCAAUAUGAAUCCUAGGGUUGGCUUGGCGCGCGCCGCGACUGGCCGUUCCCACCGAGAAGAUCCUGAAUCAAGAGAAAACGACAAGAAAUCUCGAUUCGGGCUUUCAAAGCGACACCACAACGACAAGCCGCCAUCGGAUGAUCUCACUAAAAUGAUGACACGCGCAAGUCACUUUAUGACUUUUGCGUCCAUCAAGAUGCCUUCUGUGGUGCUUUGCCUUAGUUACCGGGGUAAGGAGAACCGCAACAUCGAAGAUGUCCAUGAUUUUGUCUUCAGGAUGCCAAGUAUUGAGUGGGAGAACAAGACAUGGUCCAAUCUGGAUCUAGCCUUGGCUCUCAAGAAGGCAGUGGUCAAGGCCUUGAUCUCACACACGGGUGCUCUUAUCGGAAACAAAUUCUCCAAGCAUCGUCCCAACGCUGAGCAGCGAGACAAGCUGCGAGUAUUGGCUAAUAGCUCAGUCCUCAUUGCGCCAUCUUCUUCUGGUGGCUCUCAGCACCAUCCCGGUAGCAUAAAUGACAGCGAUGACUCUGGCAGCAUGUAUGGUACAUCUCCUGUCGAUUUCUCUCGAUCACCUCCACGAAGUAUCCGAGCGCCGAGCACACAUGGCAGUGUACGUCCAGGGUCGGCGAUGCGGCGCCGCAGUCGAAGCUCGAGUGUCAAGAGCCGAGUUUCACAUAGAAAUGGUGGCGCAGCUCCAGGCCCUCUUGCUCAUCAUGGUCCUCAUGUUCCGGCUUUCUUAAUGAUGACGCCUCCAACGCCCGUUGAUGACCCCCGCGGUGAUCGACAUCAUGGUAUCGAACUCUUACGGCCAAGCACAGCUAGCCCACAAAGCAGCAUGCAUAGCCAGUUUGGGCAGUCGCAAAGCAUAACCCCCAGUAAUUCAUAUGCUGGUAGCAUGCACAGCGCUAGUACCCAAAGCAGCAUUCCACUGCCCGCUGGACAACAGCCCAGACCAGGAUUUAGAAGAAUCCCAACAGGCGUUCCGCCUGAACGCCCCGCCUCGAGCAUGAGUAGUCACGAUUCUAGUGGAUCCGGCAUGCGUCGAAAGAACGGCGCAAGCAAUCUUAAGGAUAAGCUCAGUGCGUUUACUUCUCGUCUCGGUAAUCGAGAAGGCAAUCAGUCACAACAAGAAGACGACUCUGAGACUCUCGAUGAAUCACCCACGCCUGCUGGACCCAAGAGUAGAUCGAGGCGAUCAUCGAGCCAUACUGGGUCACGACUUAAUUGGACAGCGAGCAGGAUGAAGACAGGUUAG